AUGUUUAGAGGAGAUAAUUCGCAUUCUUUAAGUUAUGAACAACAAGCGAAAUUUAUUCAAGAUCGCAUUUCUAGUGUAGAAAAGAAUUUUGGAGAAUUAUGUGUUGGUUUUGGUGAUUAUACGAGAAAAACUGCUAGAUUACGAGAUAUGGGUGACGAAUUGUCUAAAAUAAUAAAAGAAUAUGCAAACAACGAAAUCGUCAACAAGUCUUUGAGUGCUGGUCUCGAUAACUUGUCCAUAACACUCACAGCAGUGGAAGAGUACAGGAACUGUGAAGUUCAGCGCCUCGAAGCUAAGGUUAUAGGAGAGCUUUGUCAAUAUGAAAGUAUCUGCAAGCAUGCGAGGGAGGAACUAAAGCAUACCAUGAACGUGAGAGAAAAGGAAAUGUCCAGAAAAAAAGUUUUGGACAAAGCUAAAGAAAGACAACCAUUCAAUAGGCAGCAAGUAACUUACGCAGAAUCAGAGUUAUUGAAAGCUUCCGCGGAAAUGUCGCGCACGGCGAAAGGUUUAAGCGAACAAACGGAAUUCUUCGAAAGACGCAAAUUGCAACAACUGAAAACACUACUCUCAGAUUUCGUGAUGAUCGAGAUGACGUUUCAUGCGAAGGCAGUGGAACUGCUCAGUGUCGCCUACCAACAAAUAGCAGAUAUUAACGAAAAGGCGGAUUUAGAGUUGUUAGUAACAGGUCUUUCUGAUCAAGAGGAACAAACGAACUUUAAAAAAAAAUUACGAUCGCCGGAGAAGCAAGUGAGUACAGGUAUAUCAGUGAGAUCAUCAUCUUUGGCAUCACUUUUGAAUCAACAGUCACCGUUAAAGGACGAAGACUCAAUGCGUUUAGGAAAGUUGCGUUCUCCAGAAAAUAAUAAUUUAUCUAAUAAAGCGAGAUCGAGCUCGUUAGCUGCCUUGAUAAAUCAUUCUUCAUCAAAAGAAGAAGAUACAUCGGAUACGGAAGGCUCUACAGAUCAUAGUACUUCUGAGGAAACAGAAUCGCGUUAAUAAUAUUGUUUGUGUGUAUAAUAGUUUUACGAUUAAUAAGACCUAAAA